UGUAGUUUAUUCUGUAUGUGAACUGUAUCUAUAUGAUGUUACGCGGAGGGUUGUUAGUGGUGUUAACCACGUGUGUGGCCCUGGUCUCGGCCAGGAGAUCUCCUCACGCUGAUGAAAUUGACGAGUUGAUCAAAAGCACUGGUGCGCGCUAUUCCGAUAACAUUUUGGAAGAUGCGCGUUUAGAUGUGCCUGACCUUAUCAGAAAAUACCGUUAUCCAGUAGAAGUUCACAGUGUGACUACAGAAGAUGGCUAUAUAUUGGAGAUGCACCGUAUCCCUCACGGUCGUGAUGCUAACAACAUCCCGAAUCAGAAGAAGCCAGUUGUGCUCAUCAUGCAUGGAAUGUUAACUUCAUCCGCUGACUAUGUUCUGAUGGGCCCCGGCUCUGCUCUUGGAUACCUCCUCGCAGAGGAAGGCUUUGACGUGUGGCUGGGUAACGCUCGCGGAAACUACUACUCUCGCAAACACGUGAGACUGAACCCUGACGCUCUCCUGAGCACCGCUUUCUGGCGGUUCUCUUGGGAUGAAAUAGGGAACAAAGACUUGCCUGCCAUGAUCGACUAUGCGUUAGAGGUCACAGGUCAAGAGAAGCUGCACUACAUCGGCCACUCUCAGGGAACUACAUCCUUUUUCGUGUUCGGUUCCAUGCGACCCAAUUAUAACGACAAGAUUAUUUCAAUGCACGCGUUGGCGCCUGUUGCUUAUAUGGCUAACAACCGUAACCCAGUUUUUCGAUUUUUGGCUCCUCACUCUAAUAGGAUCGAAAGCAUCGCUUCCUUGAUCGGUAUUGGCGAGUUCAUGCCCAGUAACUCGUUCACUAAAUGGAUUGGAGAGACUUACUGCAGUGAUGAAGCUGUAACCCAACGUAUUUGCAGCACAUUCUUACUUCUGGUUGGUGGCUGGAACGUUCCACAACAUAACGCAACUAUAAUGCCGCUGAUCAUGGGUCACGCUCCAGCCGGCAUAUCAGUGAGGCAGCUAGCGCACUAUGGCCAGAGCAUCGACGCCGGCCAUUUCCGACGCUAUGAUAUGGGAUCCCGAAUCUCCAACUACAGAGCCUACGGAUCCUUCACCCCACCCAAAUACGACCUCUCCAAAAUCACCGCUCCAGUGUUCCUACAUUACUCCGAAAAGGACCCCUUUGCACCUGUCAAAGAUGUUGAUAGACUGUACAGUGAACUGGGCAGGCCGAUAAAGUAUAGAGUACCAAUGAAGAGGUUCAGUCACGUUGAUUUUGUUUAUGGUAUUAACGCUAAGGAGUAUGUCUAUGACUCAGUAAUCCGUAUAAUGAAAGAUAUAGAAGCUAAUUUAGUGGAGAAUGAAGUAUAACCAGAAAAUUAUAUUUGAUUUACGUAAUAUGAUACUGAUAAAUAAAUGUUGAUUUAUCAAAA